GAAGGAGAUACCGAAUCAGGGGUAUAAACGUCAUUUUAGUUCAAGAGUCGGGAAAAUGCCGUUACUUAAAAACGUUAGCCCGGCUCUUCGUUUCCCUCCUUCUUUCCCCGCCGCCUUACGGUGACGGGUCGAGCGGGGUAAGAGCUAAACAUUCCCGGCGAUCCGUUGAUUCCCCAAUGAAAUCUCAGGUCCCCAAAUCCCUCCUAACUCUCAUCGAGACCUGCACAAGCCUUCAACAACUGAAGCAGAUCCACGCCAAAUCCAUAAUCUCGGGCCUUUCCUACAACCAAUUCAUCCUCACCCAGAUCACCAAUUCCUUCCUACUCCCUCAGUCUCUGAACUACGCCACCCGCUUAUUGAUUCGAACUCAAGAACCAAGCGUUUUCGUCUACAAUUCCAUCAUCAGAGCACAUUCCCAAUCAGAAACCCCAUUUGUUGCUCUGUCGAUUUAUAACAUGAUGAGGGUGCAAGAAAAUGCUUUGGGCGACAGGUUUACUUACCCUUUUGUGUUGAAGGCUUGCGCUAGCGAAUCGGAUAUGGACAAAGGGAGGGAGGUUCAUGGUGUGGUUGUGAGAAUCGGGUUUGACUUCGACAGGUAUUUGUGUACUUCUUUGCUGAACUUUUAUGGGGUUUGUGGAAAAAUUGAGGGUGCAAGGCAGGUGUUUGAUGAAUAUACGGCGAAGGAUGUUGUUUUCUGGAAUUCCAUGAUAAUGGGUUAUGCUCGAAACGGGAUGGUUUUUGAAGCUUGUGAGGUUUUUAGGGAGAUGGUGGAAGUGCGAGAGGUUAGACCCAAUGAAAGUGCGGUUUUGGCAUUGAUUUCGGCUUGCACGGUUUCGAAAAACUUGAAAUUUGGAAGAGAGAUUCAUGGGUUUUUGAGAAAAGAGGUGACUUUUGGGUCAAAUGUGAAAGUUGGAGCUGCACUUGUUGAUUUGUAUGCAAAAUGUGGGUGUUGGAUUAUGCAAAGAGAGUGUUUGAGGGAAUGCCUGAGAAGAAUGCUGUGGUAUGGAACUCUUUGAUAAGUGGCUAUUCCCUCAACGGCUCGUCGAAAGAGGCAAUUGAUGUUUUCAGGGAAAUGUGUUGUUUGGAUGUUAAGGCCGAUACGUUCACGAUUUCAGGCUUGUUGUCCGCUUGUGCUCAAAUGGGUGCUGUUAAUAUAGGAAACUGGGUUCGGAAAUUCGCAGAGAAGAAUGGACUUUGGGAUGUGUUUAUAGGUACAUCUUUGGUAGACCUGUAUGCAAAAUGUGGUUCCAUUGAAGCAGCUAGAGACGUGUUUGAUCAAAUGGAUAAGAAAACUGUUGCAACAUGGAAUGCUAUUCUCUCUGGAUAUGCGUCAAAUGGGCAGGCUGGAUCUGCAAUAGAGCUCCUUGAUGAUAUGAGAAAAUCAGGUGUCAUGCCAGAUAGUGCAACGUUCCUUUCGAUUUUACAUGCUUGUGCACAUGCUGGUUUGGUUGAAAAAGGUAGACAAUACUUUGAUUUGAUGGUGAAAACUUAUAAGAUUGCCCCAAAAGUUGAGCAUUACGGUUGCAUGGUUGACCUUCUUGGGCGCGCUGGACUUUUGAAAGAAGCAAGGAAGCUUAUUGAGAGGAUGGAUAUUGAACCAAAUGUAGUUGUAUGGGGAUCACUGUUUAAUGCUUGUAGCAUUCAUGGUGAUAUUGAGGUAGGAGAGUGGGCGGCUGAUCAUGUUUUCAACUUAGAAGCAAUGGAUGGGGGCUCCUACGUGCUGUUAGCAAAUAUGUACGCUGCAGCACGAAGGUUUGACAGGGUUAAAGCAGUUCGGGAGGCAAUGGUUAACGCAAGUAUUUGCAAGCUACCUGGAUGUAGCAUGAUCGAGAUUGGAGAUGUAAUUCAUGAGUUUCUCGUUGCCGACAAGACGCACCCUGAAUCAGAAGAGAUAUACACUGUGUUGGACGAAUUAAGCAACAAGCUCAAGAUGACAGGCUCGAUGCAGUUGCCUGCUUUAGAUGAAGAGUGUCUGGAAAGCAGCUGAGGGACCAUCAAAUUCCUAGCGAUAUUUCCUGAAAAUGGGAAGACCGGAAGAGGAGGGAAAGUGAUUGGAGCAGUUACCCUUCCAGGGACAUUUGGAUUUGAAUGGAAAAUUGCAGUUUCGGGGCAUUUGGAUUUGGAUUUGUACAGAAAAAUGCAGAUUAGGGAGAUGGACGCGUGAUCUCGGAGUUGAUUUGGAGAUUCAGUUCAAGAUGGCCUUCAAAUCUUCAUGGAACAAUUUCAAUAUCGUCUACAUUGUUCAAGUUUACGGUAUGAGUUAAAUUUCAAGCAGUCUCAUUGUCCGGCUAAAGCACAACAGGUUCCACGCAACUCUUCAUCGCAGCAGUUGGAUCACCUUGGUUUAACCCUCCAACAAAGGAAGAAAAAAUAUUGAAACAAGGGCAUGGCACGCGAUGAAUUUAUCGGCUAUUUCUAAUCGUUCUGAAAAGAAUUUGAGGCCAAUAUACUUGUGAUAAAUAUUUUACUUAAAUCCUAAGGACCAUGCGUUUUAUGUCGACCUCCAUUAUCACAGGCUUCGAUUUUGAAUCCGGCACCUCCUUCAGCACAAACUUGCAGCAAUCUCCAAUCUUGAGCCUGUUGUCCUCGUAAAACUUGUACCAUCCUCUCGUUCUUAUUGCGGUGCGAAGACUAAUGGCUGCACCUCUCCUUCCGCCUUGCCAAGUUCCAAGUUCCACCGGCCAUUUUCCUCCAACAAACCGAACUUUGAGGAUCAUUUUCUUUCUGUCACCAAGGCCAUGGGCUUUCACAAAUUCCGACGGAAUAGUCUGCCAUGAACACUCACUAGAGAAUUAGAAAGGAUCCAAAAUCAACAAAACAA